ACAUUUUAACAACCGUUAUUUCGUACAGAGCUACACCAUCGCGCGAUCUUGGUAACGAUCCAUCCAAAAUCACAUUAAAUCUGAACUGUGAUUCGGAAUUUUUCUACAGCGUUCAAGCUUCAUCAUUUAAAAUUGGGAAUUACACAGGUCGUGCUGGACAAGGCUCAGCAAGAUCAGAUUUCGCCUCAAUAAUUGUAAAUAAUAAUGAUUUACAAUUCGCAUUUUUCAUUGUGGAAUUUGAACAAGCCGGCUUUGAAAUCCACAAGGAUGAAAUGCAUUAUCCAACGGAAAUGGAAGUAAAUGAAACUAGAUUGCAUUUUGGCCUGGUGAAUGAUACAAAAGUUCGUUUGGGGAGUUUACAGCCAAUUUACAAUCAAGAAAAAUUUAGUCUCGUCUGUGCUUAUGAAGAUGAGAUAAUAUCAUUCAAUUUUCAAGAAAAUAAUGUGGAGGCAAAAUUGGAAAAUGUAUUGCAUUUAAUCACGCGUCCAGUACAAAUUAAUAAUAGUUUAAAAUUAACACUACCAGAAUUACCAAAAGAGGCAGUUCAGUCUUGA